CGAGCUGGCAUCAGUUAAACAUAUCAUCCUCAGUCAUUUCUUUCAAGUAGGAAGACUAUCAAAAUAUUUACGAAACCAACAUGAAUUUCGCUAAACUUUUCGUUGUCUUUGCGAUUGUUCUUGUCGCCUUCUCUGGUCAAAGUGAAGCUGGUUGGUGGAAGAGGGUUUUCAAGCCAGUGGAAAAACUUGGCCAACGAGUUCGUGAUGCUGGUAUUCAAGGACUCGAAAUUGCACAACAAGGAGCCAAUGUCCUGGCAACAGCCCGAGGUGGACCACCACAGCAAGGAUAAUUAUUAUAAAUUAUUUUUUUUUGUAUUUAUAUUUCUUUUAUUUAUUGAACUUAAGUAUUAAAACCAGACAAAGGAUAAUUUGGAAAAUAAAAUAUGUAAAAAUUA